AUGAGCAGCACUGACGUAAAGAUGGAGAAUGAAGACUUCAAGCUGUACCGGGAAGAAGAAGAGGAGGAGGAGGAGAAGGAAGAAGAAGAAGAAUUGAUGUCGGACGAAAGUACCAGUUUAGAGGCAUCAUUAGAAAUAAAAUCAGAUCCAAUGAUAGAUCCUUCUGCUCCUAUUGUCCUAACACUUGUUUCUUCGGAAAGUGAAGAUCCUCUUCCACCUGAGAGCAUCUCUGAUCUUAUUGACAGGUCCAAUGAUGAUCGUUAUUCUGUACCAUUCCUUAUAAAAGAAGAGACGUUCCCUGUACCUUCCGCCAUAACAGAAGAACCCUGGACUCCAGGACAACCAUUGCGUAUAUCGUAUAUCAGUUGGAAUAUGGCACAUAAACCACCAGUUCAUAAUGAAGUCUCUUCCUUUUGUAUUCGUCCUAAUGCUCAUAUUGUUGUUGUUUGUACUCAGGAAAAUGGAAGUCAUUUAUCUGUUAAACGGGAACAACAACAAUGGGUAAAUUAUGUAACUUCUACCUGUCUUCAGGAUAAUUAUAUUCUUGUGCGACAAAAAACCUUGUGGUAUAUUCAAAUUUUGGUCUACGCACGAAAAGGAGACGUAGCCACAUACGUAGUACAUUCAGAUGACUCUAGUGUAAAAACAGGUAUUGUUAAUGGUUUGGGUGGCAACAAGGGUGGAGUUGCAGUGUCAUUAGUACUUUCAAUGUCACCCUCACCUCUACAAGCAUCCUUACAUUCAGGUAAUGAGGCUCUUGGGAAAAGUAGUAAAAACAAGGAUAAGAAAAAUGGUACUUUUACUCUUCCUAUAGAACAAUUGACAUCCGUUUUCUCACCGAAAGGGGAUUUUGAAACUGGGGCAUCAAAUAGCGUGUCAUUUCCCCAAGAAUCAACAGAGGCAGCAACAUCACCGUAUAUUACACUUUUAUUUAUUGGUGCUCAUCUCGCAGCUCAUCAGAAAGCGGUUAAUAUGCGUAAUAAGGACUAUAACACUAUUGUUAAGACUUUAAAUGUUGGUUUUCGUGGACGAUACAAGAGGUUUUUUAGAAAAAUUCUAUUGGGUAGUGGUACUAUAGGGAAUGAAGAUAGUGAGGAAGAAGAAGAUGAAAAGAAAAGAGAGGAAGAUGUUCCAGAAUUAUCGGGGACUCUGAGAAAUGCGGUUGAAUCUAAGAAGGAAAACAGUGAAACCGAUAAUAGUAAUAAUAAUGGUGAUACUCUUCUAUCUCCAGAUAAUAAUCUCUCUCUCAUGAAUCUUCCUCCAACUUCUGAUCCUUCUUCUAUUGCUAUACAGCAAGAAUUGAUCUCUCGCCGUGAUGUAACUGAAGAGUUUGAUUUUGUUUUAUUUGGUGGAGACCUUAAUUAUCGCAUUAACGGCACACGAAAAGGGAUUGAGUACAUUAUUCGUUAUCACAAAGACAUUCGUUCUAUUCUUAUUCACAAUGAUCAGUUAAAUCUAGAGCGAGCCAAAGGUGCUGUCUUUCAAAGAUUUCGUGAAGGGAACUUGUUGUUUCGUCCAACAUAUAAAUAUGAGGUGGACCAUGACGUUUAUAAUUUUAGCAAGAAGAAGGAUCGUAUGCCAGCAUAUUGCGAUCGGAUCUUGUAUAAGAAACGAAAAGGUUCUAAUAUAGGAAAAGUAAAAAUACGCCUUUACACUGAUGUACAGCAAGUACGAAGUAGUGAUCAUCGUCCUGUAGUUGCCAUAUUUGAUGUCGCAACUCGUGCGUACAUAUAA